GGCCGGAAGUGGCUGGCGGCCGCGGGCGCGGUGUCCGAGGUGGUGGCGCCGCGCGCGAAUGAGGAGCAGGCUGCGCGAUGGCGGCCGUGGAGGGGUCCCCGGUCGAGCGGGAGGCUGGGGGUGGCCUGGAGAUUUUCCUCCUGGGCUCCUGACCCGUUGAUCCAUUGGCUUCCUGGACAUUUCCUCCUGGAUACCCCACAGGAAUUCAAGAUGCUGCAGGAUGUGGCUGUGAAUGAAUCACAGAGGGAUGCUGGGCACUGGGUCUGCACCCAGUGGAGUCUCUGCAAGGAAGAGAUGCUAGAGGAGACAGAGCUGGUCUCACUGGAUUCUGAGACAAGGAAUAAGAUGAAGGAUUGGAAGUCAAAGAUGGAAAUUUCUGAAGAAAAAGAGUCAGCAAAGGCUGAAUCAGAAAGACUCCAAAGACAGAUCUCUGAGGAAUGUGGGUUAGUUGAAACUGGUGAUCCUGAGGACAGAUUAUUGAGGCAUUGGGUAAACCCCUUAGAAGAUGCAGUGAGACAUCCUCUUUCCCAAGAGAGAGGCAUCAGGGAAGUGAAUCUCAUCCCUAAGACAGCCAUUAUAGGAGAGAGAGGCCAUGGAUGUAAUGAAAGAGAAAAAAUACUUUCUGCAGGAGAAAGAUCCCACAGAUAUGAAGACUGUGGUGAGAGCUUCAAAGAGAAGUCAGAAGUAACUGAACAUCUGAAAACUGAUAAUAUAAAGAAAACCUAUGAAUGUAAGGAAUGUGGAAAAACUUUCAGUCGGAGCUCAAAUCUGAUUAUACAUCAGAGAAUUCAUACAGGAAAGAAACCAUAUGUAUGUAAUGAAUGUGGGAAAGACUUUAAUCAAAGUUCAAAUCUUAUUAUACAUCAGAGAAUUCAUACUGGAAAGAAACCUUAUAUAUGUUGUGUAUGUGGAAAAGACUUCAAUCAGAGCUCUAACCUGGUUAGACAUAAGAGAAUUCAUAGCGGCGAGAAUCCCUAUGAAUGUAAAGAGUGUGGAAAGGCCUUCAAGGGAAGCUCAAACCUUGUCCUACACCAGAGAAUUCAUAGUGGAGGGAAGCCAUAUAUAUGUAAUGAAUGUGGCAAGGCCUUCAAUCAAAGCUCAGAUCUUAUUAUACAUCACAGAAUUCACACUGGAGAGAAACCUUAUGAAUGUUAUGAAUGUGGACAAACCUUCAGUCAGAGUUCACACCUUGUCACCCAUCAGAGAAUUCAUACUGGAGAGAAACCCUUCAAAUGUAGUGAAUGUGAAAAGGCCUUCAGGCAGCGUUCACGCCUUACUGAACACCAGAGACUCCACAGUGGAGAGAAACCCUAUGAAUGUUGCCAAUGUGGGAAAUCCUUCAGUGGGCGCACAGCUUUUCUUAAACAUCAGAGACUACAUACUGGAAAGGAACUUGAAUGUGAAAAAGCAUGCACUUCUGACUUGGACGUUAUCAGACAACAGAAAAUUCAUAGGGAAGAAAAACCUUAUGAAUGUACUGAGUGUGGAAAAACUUUCCGGGGAAGUUCAGAUCUAAUUCGGCACUGGAUAAUUCAUACUGGAGAGAAACCAUAUGAAUGUAGUGAGUGUGGGAAAGCCUUUAGCCAGAGGUCGCACCUUGUUACACAUCAGAAAAUUCACACUGGAGAGAAACCCUAUCAGUGCAAUGAAUGUGGGAAAGCCUUCCGGCAGCAUUCACUCCUUAUUCAACAUCAGAGAAUCCACAGUGGUGAGAAACCCUAUGAAUGUAAGGAAUGUGGAAAACUCUUCAUCUGGCGCACAGCUUUUCUCAAACAUCAGAGACUGCAUACUGGAGAGAAACUUGAAGGAUGUAAGGAAACAUUCAGCAAGGAUGAGUUGCUUAGAGAAGAGCAGAGAAUUCACCAAGAAGAGAAAGCUUAUCAGUGUAAUCAGUGUGGUAGAACUUUCCGAGGCAGCUCAGACCUUGUUAGACAUCAGGUAACUCAUACAGGAGAGAAACCAUAUGAAUGUAGAGAAUGUGGGAAAACUUUCAACCAGAGCUCAGACCUUAUGAGACAUCAUAGACUUCAUAGUGGAGAAAAACCUUAUGUAUGCAAUAAAUGUGGGAAAUCUUUUAGGGGCAGCUCAGAUCUUAUUAAACACCGCCGUGUUCAUACUGGAGAGAAACCCUAUGAAUGCCCUGAAUGCGGGAAGGCCUUCAGUCAGAACUCACACCUUAUUAAUCACCAGAGAAUUCACACUGGAGAGAAACCCUUUGAGUGUAGUAACUGUGGGAAGGCCUUCUGUGGGCGCACAGCUCUUCUUAAACAUCAGAAACUUCAUACUGGAAAGGAACUUGGGGAAUGUGAGUGAGUCUUCAAACAGGACUUAUUCUGAUAUGUAACAGAAACCUAAUGAAUGUAGGAAAAGCCUGAUGGAGACCACAUCUUAUUGCACUAUAGACGAUUUUUAUUGUUGAAAACCAUUUGAAGGUAGGAGACCACUGGAAGGGUCCUGCAGGAUGGGAAACAUAUAAGUGUAAUCAAGUGGAAAAGUUCUUGGACAUAAUCACCUUUUUUCUGCCACAGAGUUGACACUGGAGUAUGGUCCCAAGGAUAUAAUUACUUGAGACUGUUUUAGGGGACUUCUGUCAUUGGUAAAAUCAUUAGAAAUCACUUUGGCAAUAAGCCCAAAACUAAAUUCUUCAUGGAAGGAGCCAUUUUGAUCUUGAC